UUGAUAUAUUUUUAAGUAUUAGUUUUUUAAGAAAAUAUUUUAUAAUAUAAUCGGUGUAGUUGAAGGGGUUGCAGUUAAGAGGGCGUAUGACAUCAAAUUUUAGUCGAGAGUGAGUAAACAAUUUUAGUUGCCAUUUGCCAAAUACCAAUACAGAAUACUAGUUUACAGUUUAGUGUUUACACUUUAGUCUUUACAAUACUGAAUACAUUUGCAAUUUGCAUUUUGCAUUGUAGUCUUACACUUCCAGUAGAUCAAUUCAAUUUAUUUAUGGUCUUGAAAUGUUUUUUAUUAAAAGAUACCAAAAACGUACAAUAAACAUGGGACAAUUUAUUAUUAAUUAAAUAUCGAAUACACAUAUAUAUUUUUAUAAGCCGUGAUUAAAAUUCCAAAGGUAAAGUUAUCUUAAGAUGUCGAGCAACUCCCUUUUAUUUUCCAUAAAUAAUGAGGGAAAGGUAUAUGCUCUUCCUACUAAUGGAUCCUGUUGGAGAGAAUUCAUGUAUUUAGGUUUGGAGUUCAAAACGCUAUCAGCUGUGCCCCAUUUUUUAUGGGCUGUAGGAGGUGAUCGGCAAAUAUAUUUACAUGUUCAUGGCUUAGAGAUUCCAAUAAGAGUCAAAGAAGAGUCAUAUGAAAAUGAGCGUUGGCUGCCCUUGGAGGGAUUUAGUGGCCGGCUAUUGCCUACAGAUCGCUAUCACUUUUCGUCUCAAGAUGGUACAAAAGACAGAUCUAUUGACUGUAUUCGAUUACCAUCAAUGGCUUGGCAAUGGGAAGGAGAUUGGCAAUUGGAGUUAACCUUAGAUGGUCAGCCUCUAGAUCAUGAUGGGUGGAGUUAUGCUGUCGACUUUCCUGCUCAAUUUGGACCAGUUAAGCAAUGGAAGUCUUGUGUCCGCAGGCGAAAAUGGAUAAGGUACAGAAAGUUUAGUGCUAUGAAUUCUUGGUGUGCAAUAGCACCAUUACACAAAGAUCCAACUCAGGAACCUUUCAUUGAUGUGAGUAUUGGUGGUAAUCAAAUACCCUAUGCUGCCCCUGGCACUCUCGCUGUUUGGGCCAUAACUGCUCAAGGUAGAGUUAUGUACAGAGCAGGAGUAAGUACUACCUCACCAGAAGGAUUAAAAUGGAUAAAUGUAAGUAUUCCACCAAACUGUGAUAUAAAACAAAUUUCUGUAGGCCCAUCUGGCUUAGUUUGGGCUUUGUUAUGGUCUGGCAGAGCAAUAGUACGUAAAGGUAUUAGCAAAGAUUGUCCAACAGGUGAAGCUUGGUUAGAAGUGAAAUCACCUAAUGAGACAAAGUUAACUGUUGUGUCUGUUGGACGAAAUGUUGUGUGGGCAGUAAGUGCGGACACAAGAGUAUGGUUUAGGAAAGGAAUAGAUGGAAAUGCUUCAGGAUGUUCAGAAAUGGCUGCUAUGGGUAAUGGGUGGUUAGAAAUAAAUGGAAAUAUGGUACACAUUUCAGUGGGAAUAAAUGACCAAGUAUUUGCAAUUGGAGGAUCAAACAAAAGUGUUUAUUGGAGAAGUGGAAUUAAUGCUAAUGAGCUGACAGGCAAGAGAUGGAGAAUGGUGCAAGCCAAUAUGCAAGUUAGUCGAACAUCAAGUGCUACUAGUAUAGUGUCUUCAGCAUCAAAUCAGAAACACCAAAGUUUAAGUUUACUUAAUGAAAACACUCCAGAACUGAAGUCCAAUAUAAAUUUACGGAAUUCAUGGGAGGAAUCACACUCUGCCCCAAUAGAAAAUACCCUACCUCUUAAACCCUCAAAGGAAUUAAAGCAAAAAAUUAGCAUGAAUGUAGAAAAUAUGGAUAUGACCGGUAAAAGUUACGAGACUACCUUAAAAAAUCCUAGAGCUUGGAGCCCAGUUCGAAGUGUGGGCUCCGUUGUUGGAAUGGAGGCACAACCAGACAGUGACAGUAGUGUUUUUGACCUUGAUUCUGGGAUGUUUUUUGAUGAAGAAGUCAGCCAAACUGCAUGGGGAACCUGUGAUGUGGCUUGGAGUUUUGUUGCAGCUGGUGCAUGCUCUCUUGAUUCAGUACAACCACCUCAUUGGUUCAGUGAUUCUCAAAAUGUACAUAAUACUGACAUAGUAGCUAAAUGGAGAUUGCAAAUAUUAGAUGAAUUAAAAACUAGAAAUAACAGUUUAAGUAUAGAUGUUACCAAAUUUGGUAUAGCUAUUGAAGAAAAAGGUUGGACCCGUAGUUGUGAGUCAAGAAUAGUUAACUAUAAUAACACUAGUGAGGAUUGUAUAAUAUCUCUUUAUUGGCAUGCUUCUGAAAAUACGGGAACACUGUCAGUUUUCCAACCUGAUGGUACUAUUAAAUUUAUAUUUAAUCUCAGUGAAGUAACUAGUAUUACAUCUUGUUCUGAACCAGGUAGUCCUCGAGUUUCUCUAACAAUACCCAACCAAAGCAGUCAAAUAUUAAAAAUUCAAUUUAUCUCAGAAAUGGAACAAGAAGAAUGGCUCAAUGUAUUAGUAGAUAUUAUAUCUCAGAUUUAUGGACACUCAGGAAGACCAUCAGAAAGUUCAGUGUGGGUAGUUACAAAUUCAGGAGAUGUAUUGAACUGGGAUCCUGCUCCAGCACUUUUAACCGCUGAAAAAAGUGCUGGUAAUUAUACAAAAGAAUUUCAGCUGUUUGGUAAAGACAUACAAAAGGGAUACACAUGUAUGUUGUACAAUAAUUUUCCUCCUGGUAGUACUUUAAAAGUCGCAGGUUGUUUGUUUGACGACAUUAACAGAUUUCAUAUAAAUUUACAAGGUCCAGAAAUAGUAAAGCAGACACAUAAAAUUGAAACUGAAGUAACUGAAAUUCCAUUCCAUUUAAACAUGCGAUUUGAAGAGGGUGCUGUUGUUUGCAACACAAAAAAAUCUGGUCACUGGGGACCAGAAGAACGGUAUCAACUUCCUUUAAUUCCUGGUCAAGAAUUUACCAUAAAGAUUUUAUGUGAUACAGCUGGAUUUACUGUCACUGUGAAUGAUAAACAUUUUUGUUUCUUUAAACAUAGAUUAAGCCCUGAAAACAUAACAUCUGUUAAUAUUUUUGGUCCUUUGAAAUUGUUCAAUAUGGAAUAUUCUUCAACAAGUAUCAUUAUUGGCCCUGACGAAAUGUUUUGGAAAAUGAUUGGUGGCUAUUUAAGAAAAGUAGAAUGUUGUGCAAAUAAUAUUGUUUGGGGACUAUCUCAUGAUCAUAGAGCAUGGGUGUAUACGGGCGGUUGGGGUGGUGGACCCUUAAAAGGCCUUGGUAGUACAGAUGGAAUACACGCUAUGACAGACACGCAAACAUAUUGUAUAUAUGAAAAUCAGAGGUGGAAUCCUUUAUCUGGGUACACUUCUACGGGCCUACCGACUGAUCGCUACAUGUGGAGUGACAUAACAGGCAAACAUAAACGAACCAGGGAGCACACGAAAUUGUUAAAUCGUCACUGGCAUUGGAUUUCAGAAUGGAUGAUAGACUACAACACACCAGGUGGGGUUGAUAGUGAUGGAUGGCAAUAUGCCACAGAUUUUCCGGCGCCCUAUCACGGGAAGAAAAUCUUUACAGAUUGUGUACGACGACGCCGUUGGUAUAGAAAGGCACAAAUUAAUACAGAAGGCCCUUGGAUUCGCGCUGGAUCCACUGCAUUACUAGAUUUAUCACUGUGGGCUGGCAAUGAUAAGGACGUAUCGGUUUGGGCUGUAACUCUAGGCGGUGAAGUUAUAUAUAAAACCGGAGUCACUGCAGCUACACCUGUUGGGAAUCAUUGGGAACACAUCAACAGCCCACAGGCUCUAGUCGCUAUAAGUGUUUGCAACAACAUUAUUUGGGUGGUGGGGAGGAAAGCAGAACUUUACUAUAGAGAUGGAAUCACCAAAGAGAACCCCGCAGGAACAAGUUGGAGGCUUAUAGAAGCACCUAAGGGCAGUAUUGGGGGUAGUCAUAAAUCGGGCGCUGGGGCCAAGAUGGUUUCAUUGUCUUCGACGUCUGCGUGGGUCCUCCUCACGAAUGGAGGUUUAGCUGUAAGAACUGAUAUUUCUCCAUUGGAACCUUGUGGAAAGCAUUGGAAAUAUAUCACAGAUUGUGACGUCACAUACAAACAUGUAUCAUGCAAGGAUCAAGAGGUUUGGGCGGUGCGAUCUGACGGCUCUCUGCAUAGAAGACUUGGUCUCACCACAGACAACGUAUUAGGAGUAGCUUGGCAACUUAUUUUGAAUGUUCCUUGUGUUUAUGUAUCCGUAAGAGGCUCGUAGUUUAUAUCGUUAUAAUUAUUUUUUUGCUCAUUAACUAUAUUCCAAGUAAGCCUUAAAUAUAAGUUUAAACUGCGGUUAUUUUUCGCACAAGCAAUGAUAUUAAUAUAUUUUACUGUUUAUAAUUUGAUCUCCUUUAUAUUUUGUGUAAGAAACAUUCCUAACAGGUUAGUGAUAUAUCACGAAUUCCAUGUUUACCGAUUUAUGAUCUUGUAAAAGACUACAAAUAACAAUACUGACUGCAAACAAUUUAUGGAUUUGAAUGACUUAGCUUUUUUUUAUCAACUUUACAAGAUGCAGCCAAGGCAAAAGCUACCGCUCGCGCUGCCUUGACCUCAUGUGAAGAGUUAAAAUUUCGUCGCCACGUUCAGGCGGAUCGGUCGCCUCCGGCCUCAUGUCAGGUCACACACUAACAAAAUUGACAAAAAUAUGAAAAAAAUCUCUUCUCUUCCUUUUUCGCUUGUUGAAAUCAUUCACUAAAUAGUAUUAAUAAUUAACCUACAGCUUAUUCUGCGUCUAAACUGCGUGGCUUCACUUGAACAAUUGUUCGACCUAUGUCUCUAGGCAAGCAGGCUCAUUCUUCUUAAAUCCUCUAAUGCUAACAUACACUCUUAACUUGAGCGGGUAUUGUACAAGCUCCGAUGUAAAAUAUUGAUGUAUUAUCUAUUGCGUUAUUUUUAUGGAAGAUUAUUCAUGUAUUUGAAAAAGUAACACUAACAUGUCGUAAAAACCAAAUGCAUUUUUUCUGGACUAUUUAGCAUCUGGGCUCGUUUAUUAAUAAGAAAUGUCUAUGGAUUUGGAAAUUCUCGUGAAAUGAAAGUCGAAUUUGAACAGUAUUGUUAUUUGUUGGCUUAUUAGCUUAUAAUUAAUGUACCUACUCUUUUUAGAUGUCAAAUACUUGAUAAUUCUGGUUGGUUCAAUGCAACAAUUAUUACGAAUCAUAAUUAUGUAGCAAAAUAUUUUUUUAAAUUAGUCUAUUAUGAGGUAUUAUUAAACUAGCUAUUCUCUAGUCAACAAUUAUUUAUAGAUAUGCGAUAUAAGCGAUGUUAUAAUGAAAAGAAAAAUUAAAAAAAAAAACAACCAGUGCGCUUUUAGACCAGGGAAGAAGCCUUUAAAAAUAAUAAAAAGUGAAAAAAAAAAUAGUAGGAUGAAAGCCAUUAAUUCUCAUAAUAAAAAAAAAUUCUCAUAAAUUUUUCAUUUCUACUAUUAUUUUUUUUGCUUUCAAAAAUUAUCGACUAUGGUCUAUUUAUAAAUGUAUUAAGAAAUAAAUAUCUAGUAACAUUUUAUCAAGUAA